CUUGCGGAUGUAGCCCUCGUGCCCCGGAGAGACAGUCAGGUAGUGAUGUGGCUGAGGUCCGCGGCGGAGCGAUCUGCGCUACGACAAAGAGCCGAGAUGUUCGCGCAGAGAUCUACUCCAGAGGACGCGCGUAGUAACAUGGUCGAAACAAAAGCGUGAGACGCCAUAGGCCUGCCGUCCCAACAACAUUAUAUACAAAUAUACAUCGGCACAUUUCCUAAAAGCCACUGUGGUCAUCUGGAGUAAGUUUGAGUGGAUUUAGAGAUUACUCGCGUGGGAAAUGGAGAAGAAAAGGUGGGAUUGCACUGCUCUCCCCAAAGGCUGGAAAAUGGAAGAAGUGACCAGAAAGUCCGGUUUGUCAGCUGGAAAGAGCGAUGUCUAUUAUUUUAGCAGAGGAGAAGAGCAAGAUGAGGAACAGAGGCAAGAGAGGGGGGAGGCGGGUCGGUUGUAUAGUUUGUGUCCAUCUGGGAAGAAGUUUCGGAGCAAGCCUCAGCUGGCCCGUUACCUUGGUAACCAGAUGGACCUCAGCUCUUUUGAUUUCCGCACGGGGAAGAUGCUGAUGAGCAAGCUGAACAAGAAUCGCCAGAGACUGCGAUACGAUAACAACAGCCAGAACAAGGGUAAACCUGACCUGAACACAUCACUCCCAGUCAGACAGACGGCCUCCAUCUUUAAGCAGCCCGUUACCAAGGUUACCAACCAUCCCAACAACAAAGUGAAGACGGACCCUCAGAAAGCCGUUGACCAGCCCAGACAGUUAUUCUGGGAGAAGAAACUCAGUGGUCUGAAUGCUUAUGACAUUGCAGAGGAGCUGGUGAAAACAAUGGAACUGCCUAAAGGCCUGCAAGGUGUCGGUCCAGGUUGCACAGAUAAAACUCUCUUGUCGGCGAUUGCCAGCGCUCUGCACACGAGCGCUGCUCCAAUCACCGGGCAGCUGUCCGCCGCUGUGGAGAAGAACCCGGGAGUCUGGCUCAACACUGCGCAGCCACUGUGCAAGGCCUUCAUAGUCACUGAUGAAGACAUCCGGAAGCAGGAGGAGCUGGUGUACAGCGUGAGGAAGCGGCUGGAAGAGGCACUCAUGGCCGAUAUGUUGGCCCACGUCGAGGAGGCUGCCAAUGAAGGAGAGGCUUUAAAGGAAGAGGGCAAUGGCAGUGAAGACAUGGAGAGUGUAUAGCACAGGUUUUUGCAAAGUCCAGAUGGAGUCGCUCCACGCCUACAUCUACGACCAUGAACAGUAGGAUUCCCCAUUCCAGUCCAGCUCUGAAGAACCUAAACCUAAGCCCGACUUAAUCCAGUACGACCUAAAGAGCCCUUUUCCCUUCGCCUGACCCCAGAAACAAGUCUCAAAUGCAUCCGUUCAUCAAUAACUCCACUGGAUGGACUCCUCGGCCGUAUUUUAGAGCCCACGUGAUUGUUAUUGAGGAAAUGAAAAUAAAUAAAUAAAUAAAUGAAAUCAAAUGAACUUUCGAAUACUAAAAUAAUAACUUAUCUAAAUCGUGGCAAAUUCAGUGUUCGGUGAUAAGUGUGUUUUCUACUAAAAAGCUUUGAAUGAGUAUGUAUUUUUUGUGACAAUCACGUCAAAUCUGAACAAAACUCGAUUUGUUCCGGGCAGAUUGGAAGUGAAUGUUUUUGUACGUUUGCCAUCUCUCUUUCUUGAAUUUGUACGAUACACUCCUGACGCAGCACACGCACAGCUCGUCCUGACGGUUUAGUUUGUGUCCGUUGGAACGGGCAGAGUCCAGUUUUUGUUGUCAUUUUGAGAAAACAUCUUCUGCGCCAGCUGCAUUGUGCUGAGUCCCGUUCAGUAUUGACCAAAGAGGAGGCAGUCGUUCUGAAAGGCGUUUUUGGCUUUGAGGUGAAAAGAGCGCACGACGGGACUGUGGGCGAGAAAUGACGCGAGACCUCUUUCCGUUGUACACUUAUUACUGUUUUAACUCUCAUCAUCGUUAUAGGUGCUUACUGAUGUUGUGAGACGCUGCUUAUUCAAAGCUUUGUUACGAUCACGGCUUCAGUUCGUGUAUUUUCUUUUUAAAAAUAAUUCUAAUGUGUCAAUGUUACCACACAAUACGCUGCCUCCUCUGAAACACACGCACAGAAUUGGGUAGAAAGCAAAUUAGCUGAAUUUUAGACUCACUGUCUUUUCAUUGUAUCACGCGAGCGGUAAUAUUUUGUAUUUUUUAAUCCCCAGUGAAUAAUGCGUCCCGCUGAAAUCAUGAAAUUCCCUAUAAAACAUCAGCAGGCUGUUUGCUGAGAUGAAUUUGAUUGUAUUGCUUAUUAAAAUGAGUCAGUAUGUCACAAAA